CCUCCACUAAUGACUAAACGGAAAGUUUGCCAAACAAACAAAGCUGAGCUGAGUGGAUCUCUCGGAAUCCCCAAACCCAGUCUUCUAGGGUUUUUGUUUGGGCAACUAAACUGAUCAAAACCCCUAAUUCAUAAAAAAUAAAAUUGACAACAGAAUGUCGCAGAACGGAAAAUUGAUGCCGAAUCUGGAUCAACAGAGCACAAAGCUGCUCAAUCUCACAGUUCUUCAACGAAUCGAUCCUUUCGUCGAGGAGAUUCUCAUUACCGCGGCUCAUGUUACCUUCUAUGAGUUCAAUAUCGAGCUCAGCCAAUGGAGUCGCAAAGAUGUUGAAGGAUCCCUUUUCGUCGUUAAGAGGAAUGCACAACCUCGGUUUCAGUUUAUUGUGAUGAACCGGCGUAAUACAGAUAAUUUGGUGGAAAAUCUGUUGGGAGAUUUUGAGUAUGAGAUCCAGGUUCCAUAUCUUUUAUACCGUAAUCCAUCUCAAGAAGUUAAUGGCAUUUGGUUCUACAAUGCUCGAGAAUGUGAAGAGGUUGCAAAUCUUUUUGGCAGGAUACUGAAUGCAUACUCUAAGGUGCCUCAAAAGUUGAAAGUUUCAACAAACAAAAGCCAAUUAGCCAUGCUUCAUGGCAGUGAAUUUGAGGAACUUGAAGCUGUCCCCAAUAUGGCUAUCAUGGAUGGUCCUCUGGAGCCACAAUCUUCGAUUGCCUCCAAUGUCACUGAUGCCCCUGAUGAUCCUGCCUUUGUGAACUUCUUUAGUGCAGCUAUGAAUAUUGGUAAUCCUUCACAUGCAUCAGUUGCCGGUCAACCUUACCAAUCUUCUGCACAAGUCCCUUCACCUUCCCUUCCUGUUAGUGUUCUCCCUCCCACUGUUCCAUCCAUGCAAAUGCCAUCUCCUUCUCUGCAACCAUCAACCCCUUUCGAGCCACAUCCUGAUACCCUUGAACCCAGCAGCAGCAGCAACAACAAUCGGACCACAAAUCUUGUAAAACCGUCUUUAUUUUUUGUUCCUCCUCCUGUAUCUUCAUCACUGCCCACUGCUCCUCCACUCAACCCUCCCGUGAAUCUGCAGCGUCUAUAUGGUGCUCCACUACUUCAGCCUUUUCCACCACCAACGCCACCACCAUCUCUGACUCCUACUACUUCAGUGCCUACUGCCAAUUAUGGUCCAGUCAUCAACAAAGACAAAGUUCGAGAUGUUCUUUUGGUGCUUGUUCAGGAUGAUCAAUUCAUUGACAUGGUUUACCGAACGCUGCUGAAUGCACAUAACUCGUGAUCUGUUGGAGGAAGCACCACUGUGUGCUUGCCGGAGUUUUGUUUAUGUGUAGCUUUAUUCCCUGAUUGUCAUUGUGAAAGAAGGCUUUUGUAUAUCAUUAUAUAUUUUCUGUAUCAUUUUUGUUGUUGGCAAUGCUAAUAAACUUGUUCCAUUGGAGGUUGGCCAUAUCAAAUGCAUAGGAAGUAUUUUAAGUUCCUGGAACUCAA